AUGGAGGUGGACGGUAAAACCUGGUGCGAUAGGAAGCUGCUCAAAUUCGAAGGCAUCUGCAGAGGACGCAGCCAUUCCAUCCACCAUCACUUGGUGCAUAACGACGUAGUGGCUGCCUUCGAUCAGCUGAAAAAAGGAACCUCCCCCUUCAUCAGAGACCAGUGUAACAGGACAGCCCUCGAUUUAGCCAUCGUAUUAUUUAUGGCCAAAUUUAAUGAGUCCCUAUGUACCUCCCUCGUUGCAGAUUAUAUGCACUCAAAUGGGUGCGUCUCGAGGAGUCCCUCUUUGGCUCACAGCGAUGGGGUAGGAGUUACCCUUAGGGGGGAGGCCCCACUUCGCUGUGCAAAACUUCACCACGCAAAAGAUCCACUCAUGGAGGAAAACCAGAUAAGCGCAACGGAGGAGUCGUCCGACUCGUUGUCACCCCUCCGGCUGGCGAGAACAAAAGCGCGUUCGGCCAUUCCAAACAAGUCCCCCUGUUAUAAGCAUGGUUCCAAAAUGGGAGUGUACAACAAAAAUACAACCCCCCCGUCCGAAGCAUUAACCACCAAGGGGGGAAACAAACACACACAAACAUUGCUGGAUGAAAGACUACGAAGAAUGAAAGCCUUGCUGCUGUUCAUAAAGACGUUGAGCAUGAAUACUCGAUUGAGAAAAUAUGCAGAGAAGGUAAAAAAGUGGAACAUAAAAAAUCCAGCUGACUCAAGAAAGUUAAUUACAAAAAUAUUAUCCAGCAAUUUGUUCGGAAGUGAAGUAAUUAAAUUUAUGGGGAAUAUUUUAUUCUGUUUCUCCUCCCUGAUUGCAGUUUUUGGAGAGAAGGUAUACCUACAGGAGUCCACCAUUUCGCAGUUCAUACUGCAUAUGUCUUUUACCCUCGACAACGAAUACUUAUUCAACGUAGUAGUUAAUAAAGAAAAUACGUUUGGGCAAACGGAUAUAUUUCAUUGGGACAAACUAAUCGACUCCAUCUCGCAUGGGAAGAACACGUUUCGUCAUUAUUACCAGCCGUUACUGUAUGCCAGACUGAACAAGUUUUUCUUGGAGAGGUUGGAACACCUCCGGGAUGGUGCGAAGGGGGGGGGAAAAAGGACUCGCCACUUAGCCAAUGGGGGGAAGUCUGCCGUUCACUUCGGAGGAUAA